GUUCGCAUUCGUCAUGAGCCGCAAAGCUCCUGCUUUCCGACUUCGCUUUCUACGUCUCCUUUCCUCGUCUUCCGCCGCCGCCGCCGCCGCCGACACUUCCAUUGAUGACCUCGCCAAGCUUAUCAACAGCCAGCCCAUCGCCGCUAUCCGCCACCGCAUCCCUCCUCGCUUCCUCGCCUCCCCUCUCCUCGACUCGCUUCUCCUUCGCCUAUUCGCCGCCCACACCGCCUCCGACAAGGCCCUCCGCCUCUUCCGCCUUUCUCUCCACCACCACGCUGACCCUCCCCCCUCACCCUCCGCCUUCGCCACCGCGCUCCACAUCGCCACCCGCGCGCACCACUUUGACGCCGCCUUUGAGCUCACCGAGGACGUCGCCAGAUCCCACCCAGCGCUUCUCACGCCCAAAUCCCUCGCAGUCCUCCUCUCCCGUAUCGCAAAGUUCCAAUCUUUUGAUCGAACACUCGACGCAUUCGAGCGCGUCGAGAGGGCGUGGGUGUCCGCCGGUCUAUCCUUUGGCGUCGAUGAGUUUAAUGCGCUCUUGAGAGCCUACUGUGCUCGUGGGCGAAUCUCUGAGGCCCGCGCUAUCUUCCGGACGCUUCAUCAGCGGUUCUCUCCUAACUCACGGACGCUCAAUACUAUCCUUUUGGGCUUCAAGGAAACGUGGAAUCUCGUUGCUCUGGAUACUAUCUACCAUGAGAUGAUCCUCCGCGGUUUCGAGCCGGAUGCUGUAACUUAUUGCAUCCGAAUGGACGCCUACUGCAAAAGGCUGCAGUUUUUGGAGGCCCUGGACCUUCUAGAUGAGAUGGUAAAGAAGAAUUGCUCCCCUACCGUGCAAACCAUCACAACUUUGAUUCACGGUGCUGGUCUUGUGAAGAACCCUCACCGUGCACGCAAGUUGUUCGACGAAAUGGGUGAAAGAGGUAUAACUCCUGACAGAGCGGCUUAUAAUGCUCUAGUGGGCGCGUUUGUAAGGGCGGGUGAUCUUAAGUCUGCUUUGGUGAUCAUGGAUGAGAUGGAGGAGAAAGCAAUUGGGCUUGACGACUUCAGUUAUUACACCGUGUUCUGUGGCAUGAAGAAGCACGAGGAUUUAGAAGGGUUUUGGAAGAUAUACAAGAGGAUGGUUGACAAUAACUAUGUGCCAAGGGUACGCACAGUAAUGCUGCUCAUGAAGGUGUUCUGUCAAAAUGGAAGGGCUCACUUAGGGUUGGAGUUGUGGGACUACCUUUUAAAGAAAGGAUGUUGUCCUCAUAAGCAUGCAUUAGAUCUCUUGGUUACAGGACUUUGCUGCAGAGGGAAGGUGGCAGAGGCCUACAGGUGCUUCAAACAAGUAAUUGAUAGAGGGCGAGUGCCAUCUGAGAGAGCCCUUCGGGUGUUGGAAGACUUUCUGGUACAAGCUGAACAGGCAGACAUGCUAGAAGAGCUUGGCCAGAUGACAAAGGGGUUGCAAAUGCCAUUUUCAUCCUCAUAUUAAUUGGAUCACAAAUGGAAGGUAGUGGCGGUGACAUCGUUCCUUUUGAUUCCUUGUUCAGUGAUUGAAAUGGAGCCAAGGGUUCUGUCUUAGAUGAUGAUGUAGACAACAAACAUUGUCGAUCAAAUUCAUUGCCUGACAAUGUUGUGAGUUAUUGUUAUGAAUCCAUGGAUAAAAACAAAAGAAGCUUGGAAGUUUCACUUCAUCUUGAGAUAUUCUCGCUCCUCUUCUAUCCUAUAGUCAAGAUUUGGUGAUUGAACUGGUGGUGGGUGGACACAAGAAAUAGAUGCUGAAUGUGAUACUACUACCAGAUUGUUUGGGAAUAGAAAUGGAUCUCCUCUGUGUAGCUGUUUGUAAGAUACAAUCAAAUAUUGUUCUUGAGAAUGUCGUCAGUUAAUCGUGUGAAACCUUAUCACGAUAUAUGGAAAAGAAACUUCAGAAGGCUGCUGGCUGUAAGAGAUUGCUUGCUCUCUUUUGCGAUAUUCCCUUAUUGAUAAGAUUUGACUCAAUGAUGGCGUCAUCAUGGUGAUGAGACUGGGAGAGAAUUCCAGACUUCUUCAUUUGGCAUUUAUGAGGGCAAUAAAUGGAAGAGAGACGUUGGUAGGAAGGAAGAUGUUUGAUAAGCAGCCAAAGUGGUGAGUUUGCAGGUGAAAAAAUUCUGUCUUCAUUUCUUCUGUUUCCUUUGAUUGGGUUCAUUGAAGCUUCAAUGGAAUAGUAAGUUCAAGAUGGAUCUUGAAGUUGAGAUGUCACAAAUUUUCCUUGCUUUUGUAGUGAAGUUAGUUCAUCAACGAGUCCAAAUAAUCCUCUUAGAAUUUGGUCCCCUAUUUUCCCCCCUUGAAAUCAUUCUUGAGAUCUAAUCUUUUUGCCUAUUCAAUAGUUUUGAAUCACUAUCAUAUCUUUGCAAUUAAAACAACUUUAUGAUAUCCUCCUCUCCAUUAUAAACUACUUUGUUAAUCUCUUUUCCCCCCCUUUAAAGAUACUGUCUGAAUCUUUCCUUGAUUUUUCAGAUAUCUUCUCAUCCUAUGACAGAAGAAUCUUUCUGCAUUCUUAUCAGGAGAAAGAUACUUCUGAAAUAAAGAAUUCCUUCGCAGAAAAGAAAUUCUACUCUGAUGAGGAGUUGGUAAUUUCUUUUAUAUUUCCCACAAUAGUAUACUUUGUUCUAUUUUUCCUUCUCUUGUGCUCAUCUUCCCAUCCUUCAGGUGUAACUCUAUCAUUUUUCUUGAAUAAAUUGCCAUAUUAUACCCCCUAAAUUCACAAUUGUACCUAGUAGUUGCCAUUUUUCUCUGGCUAAUUGCGAUUUGUUACUUCAUUGAUGCAAAAAAGGAGACUUGAGGAUUCAAAUUCUACCUUAUCAUUUUCUCUUCUUUCUUUUUUUCUCAUUCUUUCUUGAAAGAGAAACCUGAAACCCUAGAAAUGUUAAUGGUAUCUGUUAAGACUUUAUCUCCUAUUUAUCCUCUUUUUUGAAAAGGAGCAACAAUUUUGUAGUGACUACAGCAGCGAAGACAUCAGAUUCAGAUGCUCUGAACCAGCUUAAGUUUUCAAUGAAGAAACAUGUCAAAUGCCAUGACAGUGAUUCAGUGAGGAAUACAAUGUUGAAGCAUGAAGAAAUCUUCAAGGAACAGGUUUGUGAACUCCAUCGUCUGUAUCAAGUCCAGAAGAUGCUGAUGGUUGAGCUGGUGAACAAGAAAGAAGAGCUCAAUUCCUUGCCAAGUGAAGCUACAGAAGCAGUUGCAGAGACAAAGACUAGAAUCUGGAGUAGUGCUUCAACCUCAGAGAUCACUGAAUCUUCUCAUGUUAGUAAUGUGAACCAACCUGCAGCUUGCAGCACAAGGACAAACCUCCUCUCAAGGGAGCUAAGUUUCUGCUCUCGCAACCGAGCAUCGAGUGCACAUAUAGUGGGAUUUGACUUCAAACAACCAGUUCAAGAGAACACUUGCACAGGAGUAAGGAACGCCAAACAGCUACAAGAAACAUGGUCUGAUGAUGGAAGUGAACUUGACUUGACACUUAGCAUAGUAUGUGGUCCUAAAAGCAUGGAGGAACAAAUGGUUUCACCGUGCCUGAAUGCUGAUAUUGGCUGCUCGGAUCCAACUACUAGUGAUAUUAGGUUGAGGCAGAUUGAGCAGGAGAAAGAAGAGGAUUGUAGUGAUACCUCUUCUGAGAUGAACAGGAAAAUGUUGAAAAGUCCCCCUUGGAUUCUGGAUGCUCAAAAUUUGAACAAGAGAUGAAACAACACAAAAUUUUGUUGCUUGUUUCUCGUUGCUUGGAUCCUUAAAAAAAUGGUGAAAGAGAAUUCUGAACAGGCCUUUUACAGUAGCAGCCAAUAUCAAUUGCUUUAUACAGCCAAUAUGUUUUUUUUGGUUUUCAAGUUUGUUAAUCUUACUCUUGAUUUUUUUGUUUUGUCAUUUAGAACAAAAGUGAUCCAAAAGUGUAGUAUCUCUUUUGGUCCCAAAUAUAUUCUUCGGAAACACAAUUCUCAUCUA